ACUUCAAGUUCCUGCACGGAUGACUACGAAUUGAAGUAUUUCAUUGCAUGAAAUCUACAACUGACCUGCUACAGCAUCUUUAGGAGGCUGACACAAAGUUUGGGGCAAGUUGGGAGUCAGGCGUUCUGUGUGGCUUUGGCCACACAGGACCAAAACCUCUCAAAUAGGCCUAGAGACUUAUGACAUUUAUUAUUACCAUUUUUUUAUUUAACGAGCCUUUCCGAGCUUCCACCCUGCACAGCACAUGCGGCAGCAGAGACACCUUAUCUCCACUUUUCUCACCCUUCCUUUCGCGGUGUCGCGCUGCUGCCCCGCAGGGGUCGGGCGGCUCCGGAGCCGGGGCGCGCUGAGGGCGCGGGGCCGCGCUGAGGAGCCCCGAGCCGGGAAGCGCUCCGCGGCGCUCCCGAGGCCGUGUUUACCUUCCGGGGCGCCGGGCGGGUUCCGGGGCGGGCGGUGGCUGCCGGCCCGGCCGUGGCUGUGCGGGAGAGCGGCGGCUCCGGCGGACGGAGCCCCGCGGGCACCAUGAGCGGUUCACAGACCAACGACACUAAAAGACAAUUUCUUCUAGAACGGCUAUUGGAUGCAGUUAAACAGUGUCAAAUACGAUUUGGAGGAAGAAAAGAAAUUGCUUCAGACUCAGAUAGCAGAGUGACCUGUUUGUGUGCUCAGUUUGAAGCUGUGUUCCAGCAUGGCCUGAGGAGGAGCCGGGGAUUGGCACUGACAGCAGCAGCAAUCAAACAGGCAGCAGGUUUCUCCAGCAAAACUGAAACAGAGCCGGUGUUCUGGUAUUAUGUGAAAGAAGUGCUGAACAGACACGAGCUGCAGCGCUUCUACUCUCUGAAGGCCAUCACUACAGACAUUGGCAGAGGCCGGGCUUGGCUGCGCUGUGCUUUGAAUGAGCAUUCCCUGGAAAGAUAUGUUCAUAUGCUGCUUGCAGAUAAGAGCCGCCUCAGUGUCUUCUAUGAAGACUGGUCUUUUAUGAUGGAUGAAGAACGUUCUAGCAUGAUCCCUACGAUGGCAGCUGGUCUGAACUCCAUUCUUUUUGCUAUCAACAUUGAUAACAAGGAUUUAAAUGGGCAGAGCAAAUGCACACCCACUGUGUCAGAUUUGUUGAAGGAAUCCACACAAAAUGUAACUUCCUUAUUGAAGGAGUCCACUCAGGGUGUCAGCAGCCUCCUGCGGGAGAUCACUGCCUCGUCUGCGGUCUCCAUUCUCAUAAAACCUGACCAGGACUCUGACCCCCUGCCUGUUCUGCCCAGGAAUGUAAAUGCUGAUUUGAAAUACAAAAAAGAUCGAAAAAAGAAGAAGAGGGUGACUAAUAUUAUCUCAUUUGAUGAAGAGGAAGAUGAGCAAAACUUGGGGGAUUGUACAAAGACUCUGAUUACAGGAGAAAGUUCAGAGGAGAGUGUAGACAGAUCUUCAGUUCUGGCAUUGUCUUCAUCUGAAAGCACUCUGGGAAAAAAUCUGAAUGGGAGUGAAAGUAACCAUUCGUGGAAGAACAAUUCAGUAUUCAUGAAUGGAGAGUAUGAAUACCAGAAACUGGAUGUGAAGAGCAUUGAUGAUGAAGAUGCAGAUGAGGAUGAGCUGUAUGGAAAAUCAUUGGGAAAUAAAGGCACAGAAGGUGGAACUGAAGCUUCUGAAAAGCCUCGUGAAAUAGUCACAUGCAAUUCUCAGAUAUGCAGUUGGAGUCCUCUGCAGGUCCUGAAUGAUGACUCAGAUGUUCUAUUUCCUGUCAGUGCUGUUGGCUCUUACUCCCAAACAGAUAACUUGGAGAAUGGAGAGGGGCAUGAACAUGCUGUUCAUCCCCCGGUAGAACUGGUUCCAAGAUCUGAUCUUCCUUACAGAGUGGAAGUCAGUCCUCCAGCUCAAGUGAAUACUUUAAGCAGUAUGUUGCCUUCAGCCACUGUGCCAGAAUCCAUGACAAUUAAUGAACUUCGUCAAGCUAUCGUGGCCAUGAUGAAUAGAAAGGAUGAACUGGAAGAACAGAAUAGGUCCCUGCGAAAUCUGCUGGAUGCAGAGAUGGAGCAUUCUGCAGCACUGAGGCAGGAGAUGGAGAACUGCAGGAGGAAGGUGGCAGAGCAGGACGAGCGACAUGCCACGAAAGUCCAAGCCUUGGCACGAGAAAAUGAGGUGCUAAAAGUGCAGCUUAAGAAGUAUGUAGGAGCUGUCCAGAUGCUCAGAAGAGAAGGUCAAACAGUGGAAGUUCCGCCAAACAUUUGGAGCACUGAUGGUGAAUUCACAAUUCCAGAGCAAAAGCAAGUAGAAAACAAUGAGGAACUUGCCAGCUCUUAUGAAAGGAAAUUGAUUGAGGUGGCUGAAAUGCAUGGGGAGCUGAUUGAAUUCAAUGAGAGGCUGCACCGUGCUCUGAUGGCCAAGGAAGCUCUGGUGUUCCAGAUGAGACAAGAACUCAUUGAUCUGAGAGGGCCGGUCCCUGGAGAUUUAAGUCAAACAUCUGAAGAUCAGAGUUUAUCAGAUUUUGAAAUAUCAAAUCGUGCUCUUAUUAAUGUUUGGAUUCCCUCAGUCUUCCUGCGUGGAAAAGCUGCCAAUGCAUUCCAUGUUUACCAGGUUUAUAUCAGGAUAAAGGAUGAUGAGUGGAAUGUCUAUCGAAGGUAUGCGGAGUUCAGAAGCUUGCAUCAGAAAUUACAGAAUAAGUACCAGCAAGUGAGGACUUUUAACUUCCCACCAAAAAAGGCCAUUGGAAACAAGGAUGCAAAGUUUGUGGAAGAGCGACGCAAGCAGCUACAAAAUUACCUAAGGAAUGUAAUGAACAAAAUUAUUCAAACUGUGCCAGAAUUCACAGCCAAUCCCAAAAAAGAGACACUUAUUCAGCUGAUGCCCUUUUUUCUUGAUAUCCCACCCUCUGGAGAGACAGUGAGCAAAAGCAAUCGCUCCAGAGUGAGCACCCGCUUCCCCAAACUGUCCCGCAGCCAGCCAAGGGAGCCGCGGAGCCUGGAGCCGCAGAGCGGUGACCUCUGACCCUUCCCGGAGUUGUCACCACGGGCAGCACGUACUUUAAGUUGUUCUGUGAUUCCUUCCUAGCCUAUAUUUAUAAUUUAAGCUCCUGAAGAGACUACAGCUGCAUCAACUUAAAUCCUGAAAAGAGACAUUCAUUACCAAGGGUCAUAUCCUGAUUAACUACUUUGGAAGGCAGUAAUCACUUUCUCAAAGAAUACGAGGGCUCUUCACGAGAGCUCAGCAAACGGAUCGGCAUUUCCUUUGUUUUGUAAAGCUGCACUGCACAAAUUCUCCUUUGUUCCUCUGAAGUCCUUCUGUCACAAUGAAUUCCUUGUUUGUAUUAUGUUGUCCCUUUUCUAUGUACAGUUUUCUGUUCCAGAGAGACAUGGGCUUCAUGUCAAGACACUUUUUUUUUCUCCUUAGAAGAACCUUUAUGAUUAUCACUAAAUAUGUCAGAAGGAUGUGCUUAAAAGAACCUCACUAAUUUAUUACCUUUUGUAAAUAGAAAGACUGGGUUGUUUUGGUUUUUUUUUUAUUGUCAACCUCUGACACACAAAGGUUUUUAAAAAACUUCACAAUGUAGAUGAUGAGAAAAACAUUACAGGUGGAAAAACAGCUUUUGUACAUUUCUAGAUAGAUACUCUCAAUAGCAUUCGUCUGUGGGAAGUAAUUCUUUAAAAUCAGAGAAUGUAAUUAUUUUUAGUGAAAUUUCAGUCUUGCUGUAAGGCAGGUGCAAUAUUAUUCAUUUCUACAAACCACCACAAUGAUACACAAAAUUAGUGUGGUAUAAAACAGUGCUUUUAAGUCUUGGAUUAUAUUUUGUUACUAAUUUGUUGCUUAUGUUACAGAACAGUCCAUCAUUAGCAGGGCAGGGUGGAAUUCUUAAUCUGAUUAAUGUGAUACCCUUCAUAUGGUGAUACUUAAAAAUUGCCUGUAAUGAAAGUGCCUGUUACCCAUCACCUCUUAUUAAAAAGUGAUUUGUAAUGCUACUACUGUAAGAGUAACUAAAAAAUUGACAAGAAUUGUUACAAGUGAUGGAAGUUCUGACGUGGAUUAACUGGAAUCCAGUUCAGUGUCUGUUAGCUGCACUGCCAUAGGCAGUUAAUUAUGUUUAGCUAUCUUCUCUUCAUUAAGUUUAAGCAGUGUAUGUUCAAAUUUUCUAUCAAUUGUGUUCUAGUUUUCCUUUAUGUAAGAACAUCUUCGCUCUCAGAAGGUUUUUUGGAUAAUGUUACUUAAAUUGAUGUAUCUUGUAAUUUUAUUAUCCAUUCAUUAUAUUAAAUUUUCACAUCUUAUAUUAUUCUCCAGGAAAAAAACAAA